CUUGCGGCUUGUUUAGUUUGGUUUUGAAAGCGCGCGAGUUCGGUUCGGUUCAAUCCAGCGCGCGGAACGUGUUCCGAUUCCUUCGUCUGGAGGCGUAAAGGACAAAACCGUCGUCCAAUUCGCAGUCCAUUCCGGCGGCUUCUCGAGUGCAGCAAGUGUGCAGGAUUAACUUUUCCUCAAGACCAGAAUUAAUUGCUGUGAAGUGACAUACGAUGAGGGCGGUUAAUUUCUAGGAAAAACCCGGCACGUGUCGAAUGUUUUGGAUACGUAAAUUUGGCCCUAUUUCGAUUCUCAGGAUCUUAUCAAGGAUCAGUGUUAAUUGAAACAAAUGAAGAAGUAAUUUCCAGAAGAAGAUUAAUUGCCAGUUUGGUGCAAGUGAUACAUAAACGGUCAGUGCCCACAGCAAAAGAGUGAAAAUGGCCGAUUUUCCGUUGAAUAACUCGCUGGCCGAGUUUUUGGUGUUGUCAACGUCUUCGGGUGAUUCGAACAAUGGGAGCCUCGUCGUUGAAGAUCAAGCCGCUGGAAACCUUACGAAGGAAGUCACACGUUCACUGAUAAGGCCCAGCUAUUACAUCAUUGUGAUAGCACUGUCGUACCUGUUUGGAUGUGUCGGAAAUCUUAUAGCGCUAAUCUAUCUAUGGAACAGGAAGAACGUCCGGAAUACUAAGCAUUCCCUAAUGCUGAAAUGUUUACUCACAAACGACCUAAUUGGACUGACGGGCAUGUUCGUCCAGAUGUACUUGCAUCGAUACCUACCGCAGGAAAUCGUCGAAGCUAACAUGCACCACUUCUGCAUCUUCCGGGUGAUUUGGCGCGUGUUCGGGAUCAGUUCCGGCUGUGUCGCGUUUGUCAUGGCUCUGGAGCGGUACAUCGCACUGACGAAGCCGUUCUUCUAUCAUAAGCAUGUGUCUGAUAAAAUGAUAAGGAGAUCGAUAUUUCUGCUCUGGGCGGUGGGAGCAUUCUUCACGUUUCUUCCUUUGUUCGGCUUCGGGAUCUACUUCGACGAAAGGAAGCAGACGUGCAUCCGAUAUCGGGACGCCACCGACCCAACCAACGUCGCAUACGCCUAUCUGUUCUUCAGUGUCGGCAUAAUCCUAUGCACGGGAAUAGUGAUAUGCAAUCUCAGCGUACGCAGGGUAUUAUAUCAGUCCCAUCACAAAAUGCGAAGACAGUUCCGCUCAAUCCAACCGAUGCCGAUGGUGGAAAGAGCCACCCUACGGAGCUCGCAGAAAUCGGCAAGCUUUACUGACUCGUCCAUCUUCCGGAUGGUCGGCGAACCAACGACAGAGGAAAUACGGUUCGCCAAACUGAUGACGUUCCUGAGCAUCAGUUUCCUCGCUUGUUGGCUUCCUCAGAUGGUCUCAAUCCUUCUGGCGCAGCUGCUGAAACCGGACGUAAAGGCACGGUUUACCUGGUUCUUCGCUCUGUCCGACAUACUGAUCCUGCUGCACUUCAUGCUCGAUCCCUACAUCUACGUGCUACUGCGACAGAGUGGCCGCAGCGACUUACGAACCAUGAUCCGGUACGUGUUCAGCCGGAGUCAGUUCAACAUCAUGGACACGGCCAUCACGCCCAUUCAGAAAAUUCAGACCAACUCGUCGCCUCUGCCCUAAAGCCUCGAGAACCAAACUAACGAACCCAAAAAAGAAUGACUUCUCACAAAACCUCCAACCAAAACCAUCACCAAACAACCAUGUAAGCUUGUUUUACACCCUUGUCUCCCUUAUCCUAGGUUGGCGUGGCCAGCGCGAAAAGCUCCCGCGAGGGACAAAGGACGAGACACGGUUACCACGACGGAUACGAGUGACUGAGACGGGGGAUGCUUUCCUCUCGUCAGGAUUGGGAAUGUUGUGUCAAAGCUUAAUCAAAAAAGCCUAUCGCUGUACCAAAAUACAGUAAAACAAAUGCACACAUACCUAUUCUAGUACUGCAGGAAAAAAAAUACUCAGGAAUACAUUUUUUUGGAUGUUCCUGAGCGCCGAAACGCAAUUUUAUCAGUCUACCAUCAUCGCUUUGGUCAAAGUUCAAAUAACUAGUGCAUACGUAACAAACCAAGUUUGGAUGUGAUCAAACGUUGUCGAACAACAUACAUUAUGUUACCAAAUCAAGAGAAAUAUAUUAUCCAUUGGAUAUGGUUAAAAUA